GACGCAUAUCCACAUGCUAGAACACAAGCUCAUCUUCCCAUUCAAUAUCUUCCGGAAGCUUUUCACCCGUCUCCUCAUCCCAUCACCUUAUUCAGCACUCAGUGCGGAAGGGCGUGUUGAAAUAGGACAAGUGCCACCCACGCAGCUGCUCACAAGUCCAUACGUUCUAUAUAUUCCAUAAGGAUACCACUAUAACAUCCGCCAUUGCAAGAUGUCUCUUAGGUUCCUCCGACCCUCUUUCCGAGCGACUGCUGCACCCUCAAGCACUUUGCGAUCUCACACCUCACCUUACUUGCGUCUACAAGUUCGAGCCAUGUCGAUUGCAACGAAAGAAUACGAGUAUCUCAUCGUGUCGAAGCCUGUCAAGGGUGUUGGUCUCAUCACUCUGAACCGACCGAAGGCGCUGAAUGCACUUUCCUCACCCCUAUUCAUUGAGCUCAACCAGGCUGCUGCUGAACUCGAUGCAGACCACGAUGUCGGUGCUUUGGUUCUCACUGGUGGCGAGAGGGCCUUUGCAGCUGGAGCUGAUAUCAAAGAGAUGAAAGACAAGACAUUCGCGGAAGUCUACCAGACCAGGUUCCUUGAGAACUGGGGUCAUCUCGCGAAACUACGCAAGCCCAUCAUUGCGGCAGUUAGUGGAUACGCGCUCGGAGGUGGCUGUGAGCUCGCCCUCAUGUGUGACAUUAUCCUUGCUUCCCCCACGGCCAUAUUUGGUCAACCCGAAAUCAACCUGGGCGUGAUUCCCGGUGGAGGAGGCACACAACGUCUCAUUCGCGCCAUUGGAAAGUCCAGGACUAUGGAACUCGUCCUCACCGGUCGUAAUUUUUCUGCUGCUGAAGCGGAGACGUGGGGUUUGGUGUCGUGUGUGGUAGGGGAGGGUGAAGGUGAGGUGGUGAAGGAGGCUGUCAAGAUGGCAUCAAGGAUUGCAAGCAAGGGUCGGUUGGCUGUUCAGGCCGGUAAAGAAGCUGUGAAUGCGGCGUAUGAAUUGACCUUGACUGAGGGAUUGGGUUUCGAGAGACAGUUGUUCCAUGGUUUGUUCGCGACAAAGGAUCAAAAGGAGGGUAUGUCUGCAUUCGCAGAAAAGAGGAAGCCGACUUGGACCCAUUCCUAAAGAAUGUAACGGGUUGCACGAAGGAUGCUCCAGACUUGUUAUUUUAUUGUUCUUGGAUAGAACUAUUUCCAAUGAAAGUCAAUUGAAGC